AUGCAUCUGGAAGAACCCUUAUUACGGAAUUACAGUCGAAAUUCCCUCCCAACCCCCCCCUUGGGCUACCGAAACAGAGGAUUGGUCGGCACCUUCAACAGUGCCUUGGUUGGCACAUUUAACAGUGCUUCGGUCGGUACCUUUAAUAGUGCCUUGGUCGGCACCUUCACCAGUGCCUCGGUUGGCACCUUCAACGGUACCUCGGUCGGUAUCUUUAACGGUGCCUCGGUCGGCACCUUCACCAGUGCCUUGGUCGGCACCUUUACCAGUGCCAUGGUCGGCACCUUCAACAGUACCUCGGUCGGCACCUUUAACGGUGCCUCGGUCGGUACCCAGAUCGGUACCUAG